CAGACUACAACACCAUUAUAAAUAUCCGAGGUUCUAGCAAAUCUCGCGUUAGUUCAGAAAUUAAUUCAAGAGAUUAAAAAAAAAAAGAAUUUAAAUGAACCAAAACAAAGAGUUUCCUAAAAUGUGCCGACACAUUUGGACUCGGCACAUUUGGACUCGACACGGCGUUCCCCGUGGUUGCUAGGCUACCGCGACGCUGACAUCAGACCUUACGCGCAAACGCGCCCCCUCCAUUCCGCCGUCGCCGGUGCACUCGCUCGUGCUCCUCGCACUUGCAGUUGCGCGUCGGUGCUCGCGCGCCCGCUCUCUUCCUCCGUCUCUUCUUCUGUCUUCAUCCUCUUCUCUGUUUAAGCAGCGACUCCUGGGACUUUUUUCCUCUCAUCUCCGUUAACGGCACGCGGGAGGCGCUGUGAGUGAAAAUGAAGUCCCUCAGCUGGUGCGUACCCUUCACCCUUCUCCUUGCAUCCUUAACCCUUCGUUCACAAAGUGCAGAGAAUCCCGGCAGGAAAAAUGCAAAGGAUCCUGAGGCACCGUCGUUUCGUGGAGGCAACUGGAGGAGGCAAGGUUCACGAGGCCUGUUUUCCCAUAAAUCUUUGCAGCCCGAAGAUGACGGAGUGGGACUGGAAAGUCUGAGCCCGGUCCGUCUGGAAGCGGGGCCUGGAGAUUGGCCUGGAGAAAGAAACAUAAGGCACAUGAGAGGGCCCAAGCAUCAUCAAGGUGGAGUGUUCCAGCGCAAGGGCAAGAAAAAUGGGCAAGUGGAGGGCAAGAAACAUGGACGCAAGGACAAAGCACAUGGCCAAGGGUUCUAUGACCCCAGCACUGGAUUUGGCCCUCCGAUGAGAGAUGUCGACGAACUCUAUGCCCGCUUGUCCAAUCGUGAAGCUGCUGCACUGGCAGAAGGUCCCGCCUCUCGCAUGCCGGUCGCCACAGCAAUGCCUGAGCCACCAACUCGAGCCCCGACCUCCACUAAACCACAGAAGGCAGGACAAGGAAAUCCUCAAGGUGAAGUGUUGCCUACCUUGGACAUGGCGCUUUUUGACUGGACAGAUUACGAGGACAUGAGGCCUGAGGACAGCUGGCCAUCAUCCAACAAGAAAAAAGACAAGCGGCGCAGCAAGAAUAUGAGCAGCGGCAACGCGACCGUGGCUGCAGAUGAUGUUGAACCAUGUGACCAUCAUCUCGACUGCCUGCCUGGGUCCUGCUGUGAUCUCAGACACCACGAGUGCAGCCCACAUAACCGUGGACUGAACAACAAGUGCUACGAUGACUGCAUGUGUAAAGAAGGUCUUCGGUGCUACGCCAAAUUCCACCGCAAGAGAAGGGUCACCCGGAAACGUGGCCGAUGCGUGGAACCCGAAUCGGCUAACAACGACCAAGGAGCCUUUAUAACGAUCUGAUGAGAGAGAUGGACAGACAGAUAGAUAGAUAGAGAACGAGAGAAAGAGAGAGAGAAUGAAAAACGGAUCAUGACCCUACAACCCUGUACCUCCUUCUAAAGACUUCAGAUGGACUGAACCUGAAUUAAAAAGUUUAGCGAGUCAAAAAAAUUAAUCUGGCCGACUCGCCUGUGUGUUAAAGUGCACCAUGUAACCAAUGUCACUCUGUACAGAUGAUUUUGUGUCUCAGCUGGACAGGAUUUAAUUUUUUUUUUAACUGAGAAUGCUAAAAACAUUGCUGUAAUAAUCGUGUGUUGGAUUUGUUUGUUUCUUUCUUUUUUUUUUUCUUUGUUUACUUUGAAUGAUUUAUUAUUUAUCCUGCACCUAUUUGACAUUGUAAACUAUCAAGUACCCAUUUGUCGAGGUCAGAAAAAGGUCAUAUUUCUCAUCAUAAAAUGAUUAUACAAUAAUUAUUUGAAUAUUUCAACAUUUUGAAUACAUUUGAAUUGAUUUCAUGAAAUUAAUUAAUCUAAUUUCACGAGCAAAAAUGCUGCAUUUAUUUUUUAGGAAAUAAAUGCCUGAAUAAAGUAGGAAAAAAAUAAAAAUAUUAUUUUGAAUUCCUAAUAAGAUACAUGGCAUAAACUGAUCAGAGUAAACGAUGUUCAUUGUAUGUUUUCUUUUUGUCAAAAUAUACUGCAUUGUAGGAAAUAGAGACCGGUGUAUAGAAGGAUAGAUGCAUCAUUUUCUUUUUCCUUCAGUAUUAUGGUUUGGGUUUUGCCUUCUUGGCCUUAUUUUUAAAUGCAGGGCUUUUUUUUUUGAGGUGACCAUCUGGACAAUAUUUGGUCUGUUGAGUACAGCUCAAACGUAUUUUGUGUGUUUUUUUUUUUUCUGACUUCAAUAUCCUAAUUAAACUAAUGCAAAUAAUAACA